AUGGCGGGCGUCGCUUCGAUGGCGGUCCGUACCGCAGUCCUCCUGCUGCUGCUGAGCGUCACCAGCUCAGGGGCGAGGCGGCUCUUGCAGGAGACUGGCACCUCCACGGAGUUCUGCCAGCUGGCCGACAACCCUUACACGUGCUACGACACCGAGGGCCAGAACCCCGUGUGCUGCCGGAGCCCAUACUGCACCUUUUCCGUCUUUGGCGAGGCCGAAUGCGGUCCCCUCUGCGAUCUGCUCAGUGCCAAACCGGCCCCGUGCUUCAAUAACGACCAGAGCAAGUUCGUCUGCUGCGGAUCGGCCACUGUCUGCCCAACACCAGGUCCGGAGGCCAUGUGCGGCACACUCUUCGGCAACGUGCCGCAAGGCACUCUCCGCGUUGACCCUAACCCUCGCGUCCCGGUCGUCCUUCCCAAGCAAACCUCCAUCCUUCCCAAGGGAACCUACACCCUCGAUCCUAACCCGAUUUUCAACCCAACCCGGAUCUGCGACCCCCUCUCUAGUAAGCCUCACCAGUGCUUCAACCGCUCCGGCACCCAGUCGGUGUGCUGCUCCGGGACGUGCCCCGCAGCUCCGGGUGACGUGGCCGCUUGCCAUUGA